GUCAAAACUCAGCCUACACGUUUGUCGUUUGUUGACAUUGACAUUUCUUUUUUGAAAAUACGCGAUCAUGUCCACCCAAAAGAAGAAGACCAGGAAGUUGAGAGGGCACGUCUCUCACGGACAUGGACGUAUUGGAAAGCACCGUAAGCAUCCUGGAGGUCGUGGUAACGCCGGUGGUAUGCACCAUCACAGAAUCAACUUUGACAAAUACCAUCCAGGUUACUUUGGAAAGUUGGGUAUGAGGAAUUACCACAUCAGGAGAAACACUAAAUGGUCUCCAGCUAUUAACCUUGACAAACUAUGGACCCUUGUCAGUGACCAAACUAGGCUCAAAUACAAGGACCAUCCAGAAGGAAAAGCCCCAGUAAUUGACAUUGUCAAAGCUGGUUACUACAAACUUCUAGGAAAGGGACGUCUUCCUGACCAACCUGUCAUUGUUAAAGCCAAGUUCUUCUCAAAAUCUGCUGAAGAUAAAAUCAAAGCUGUCGGUGGUGCUUGUGUGUUAUCAGCUUAGAAUAUAAUUUAUAAAUAAAUACAAAAAAAAAAAACAUAAAAAUAAAGUUUUUGUAUUAUUUUAUUCCCGAAUGAUACUUCAUUGGAUUUUGCUUGAAAAAUUACACAUUUGAAACAGUACACAAUCUGGCAACAACCAGAGAUUUUCACCAUCAAGAUUUCACAAAAAAAAACUUUGAGGCUUCUGCCUGAAGGGAAACUGGAAAUAUUGCUAAAUUUCUGGAAUUAUUUUGUGUUUUGGAAAAGAUUCAAUACAAAAAAAGAGGCUUCAAAUUUGAAUUGUAAGAUUUUUCAUGUAAGAUUCUAAAUUCAUAACUAGAAAAUUCAAAUGAAGAAAAAACUGUUCAGCAGUGGCUCUUCUUCAAAAAGUAAUAAAUGUGGGACCUACAUCUGAAACUUCAUAAUGAAUUCCAUUCAGUUUCCUGCUUUUAAAAUAUCUUAAAGUGAAGAAUCCCUCUACCAAAGAUAUCUUUUAUACCUCCCUAUCUUGUAAAAACAUGUUUGUAUAUUCAUAUUUUGUUAUUUAUUUGGUUUUUCAUCUUGUGGCUUAUUAUUUUCCAGAAUUUAUACGUUAUUUAUUUUAAUUGGAACAUUGCCAAAGAUAAGUUAUUGGCAUAUUUUGACUGGAACUUAAAAACAAAUAGGUAGGCGCAGUAGGUGGAUUAUUUUUCUGAUUCAUCCUGUUAUUACUACUUACAUAUUUCAUUGAAUUACAUUUUCAAUAUCUGAAAUAUUAUUUAUGCAUUAAAUAUUGUUGAUACUUUUCUCAAUAAAAUUUGUCUUGUCUGAUGUUGUUUGGCGUUUUGCCUAAAAACUUUCUGAAUUGGGAUUCACUAUAUUGCAAUUUGAAUAUAGUGCACUUUUCUAGAAAUACUAUGACUCAUGUAAAGUUUCUUCUAAAAUAAAAUAAAUCUUAAAAUUCCUAUUUAAUAUUUCUCAAUUUUUUU